AGGUUGUGUAUACUGGGAUGUUUGUCCACACAGGACCACAUUCUUGUGUGCACGAAGUUAACAUGGAGAAACACUGGUCUGCAGUCUGUGCAUUGCUUUUGGCGCUCGGCGUAUGUGUGCACCUCGACACAGCAGAGGCUGAUCACAGUUUAACAGCUAAGUCAGGAGUGUGUCCUCGCAGGCGCUGGGGCUCCGGGUUGUGUGCUGAAUUUUGCUUCAAGGACAGCGACUGCCCCAACGAUGAGAAAUGCUGCCACAAUGGAUGCGGACACGAGUGCAUUGCACCAUACACAGUGAAGCCGGGUCGCUGCGCUCUGCCCCAGGCGACCCCCAUGUGUGCCGAGUACUGCUAUCACGACGGCCAGUGUCCAGGAGAGGAGAAGUGCUGCAGGACGACCUGCGGCCACGCCUGCAGCGAGCCCUGCUGAGAGGACAGCCAAUCACUCCACCUUUUUCAUAGAAAGCACACUUUGGUAAAAAAAAACUCUGAGCUCCAGUUUGGACAUAGUGUAAUUCUGUGGGGUGAGAAAGUAAGGUUCUGUCCUUAAAAAGUUUUUUUCUGAACCCAAGUACAAAAAAAAAACUUUGGUGAACACUUUCUUGAUUAAGUAAUCUACACUUCGAAAAACAAUGGACAUAUCAUAAUGUGUUGUUCUGUUGUUUACUACAUUUCUACUCACUUUUGCUGUGUAUCUUCCCCCCCCCCACGUAGUUGUAUUAUUGAGAAAAGGUGAUCACUUUGGUCUCCUUCCCUGCAAGGAGAGUAGUCUUUAAAAGACCUGCAGUGUGUUUGUAUUUUAACUUGAUUAGUUUAGCUGAUCAGUUAUCUUUCUUUAACAUCAAUAACAUUUGGUCCAUUUCUGUAUGAGUGGUUGUACUGUAUAUUGUAAACCUUCUGAAUGGAUGGAAAAUGUUCUGCAGAGUGCUUUUAUAUCUGUUCCCCUUGCUUUUUUUUUUUUUAGGAAUGCAGCAUUUUCUGUUUCUCCGUAUUUCAAUAAAUAAACAAAUGUGUUUCCAGAACAGA